ACUAUGCUCUUAAUUCAUGCCAUUCUUAUGCAGAGUAACACAAAUACAGAACAACAGUGAUAUGGAAGGCCAAGGAAACAUCUUUCAGAUGAAUUCAGCAAAACCACCUUUGAAUUUUAGUUCAUCAUUUCAAGCACACAUGGUGGAGAAUCCUCCAACUAAUGGUGCACCUUGGAUUAAUGCUACCAUUGACAAAUCUAAUGGAGCAAAAACCAAUUUGGGUCUUAAUUAUGACCGAAACGUGGAUCCUAAGAAGAUCAGACGUAUCAUGGCUAAUCGAGACUCUGCUCAGAGGUCAAGAUUGAGGAAAGUGUUGUAUGUAAAAGAUUUGGAAAUGAAAGCCAAAGAAUUUGAGGGUCAAAUAGCUGAGGAUCUUCGACCACAACUUGCGUUAUUAAAAGAUGAAAAGCACUCUUUGUUGUUGGAAAAUGAGACAUUGACACAUCGAUUGAACAUUCUUCAGAAAGAAGCACUUCUUAAAAACGCUGAAAUUGAAGAAAACACAAUUGAAGUGAAGAAACUGAGGGAAGAAUAUAACAAGCUACAAGAACAACGAGAACUAAUGCUUAAUUGGAAUAACACUAAUGUGCAGCCAAUGUCCAAUGAUCCAUUAUUCUCAAAUUAUUCUUCAAAUCCAUAUGGUCAAGAUAGCCAAAUGUGGACACCGACUGUGGCGGAUAAGCGUGAAACAGAACUGGGUGAUCUUCCCAGCAGCAUGGAUUUGAUGAAUAUCAAUUAUGAAGAUCCUAAGAAGUUUCAAUGAAUUAACAAUGGUGAUGGGGUUGUCUCAUAUAUUUAUGCUUGCUUUAUAUUUUGUUUUUAGACAAUGCAUGCUCUAAACAUUUCGAGUAUAUAUUUUCUGAGAUAUCUAGAUUGCUUGAAAUAUACAUUUAUGUGGUUACAGCAACAUAUAUAAUGGUGGAUUCAUAAUUAA